AUGCGCGGGGCGGGACUGCAAACACACUUGGUGGAAAACAAAUGGAGUGAUAUGCAGGCCACUUACGAAACUCUUAAUCAUGGCUUUUCUGGUGUCAUCAUUGGCAUCCUUGAAGAUCUUCGCAAAGAGAUUGUUCAGCGGGUCGCCCUCCUCGAUUUCGUCCGCCUCCUUGGCCAGCUUGUCCCAGUCACUGGCGUUUUUGUGUGA